CUCAUCGCCAGAGCCGCUCCCACGAUGUCAGAAGAAGACAAGAAUACUACCAACAAGCUUCCGGUUGGACCACUCAGCCCCAAACCAGAGUCGCCAACUACUGCGCGCCCGCUGGAUUUUGACGAUGAGCCUCAGGAGAUCGGCGUCAUCCCCGCAUCGUCUACAGCUCCUGCUCAGCAGGGUGCUGCAGAAGCAGCCCCGCCAAAGCCACCCCGCCCAUUGAGCCCCCGGCAACAGGCCGAGACCACCCUCAAGGAAGCAUUCCCAUCUAUCGAAGGAUCAGUGAUAAAAGCAGUAUUGGUGGCCAGUAACUGGGAUGUGGAACGCUCUUUCCAUGCUCUGCUGAGCAUGACGGAUCCGUCUGCUGCCGAACGCGAUGCGCCUCCCCCGAAGCCACCACGCCCGACUGCUGCGCAGAGGCAGCUGGAAGCAGAUGAGCUGUAUGCUCGUCAGCUGGCCGAACACUACAAUCGUCGUGCGCCGCAACCCCGCUGGGAAAAUGAACGUCCGCAGCAGCGGCCGAGAAGUGGAAGCGACGUCUCUGACGAAAGAGAAUACAGUUUCUUUGAUGAUGAUCUCCCUGUGAUCCGUGAAAACAUUCGCAAAGGAUUCCUAGAUACCCAGACGAAAGUCAACUCGUGGGUCCAAAACCUGAAGAAGCGGCUUGAUGGUGAAUCACCAGAGGAGGAGUCUUCUGCUCAAGCCCGCCCCGAAGAAAGCUACGGUAGACCCCGACGAAGCGGGGACCUAGGGCGCCGUAGCGGUGAUCGUGAGCGCUACGAUGCCGACCACCGCAUUCUGAAUGACGACUUCUCUGCACUUGAGUUGAGAGAUACAGAAGCCCCUCCCCCGCGGCCUCCACGCCCGCUCGCCAACCCCAACCUGUUUAAGAGCUCAUCGCCUUCCCCCGACAGACGCAAGGUGUCCUUCCAGGAGGGCCCACCCGCCGAGAUUGACAAUCUGUACGAUGCCUCUGAACCCGUCCGACGCACCCCUCCUACGACCGGCAAAUCAAGCAAGUGGCAGCCCCUGUCAACCGUUGAACCCUCCCCCGUCGGGGAGCAUGAUCCGUUUAGUCUAGGUGACAGCGAGGAUGAGAAGGAAAAGGAGACCAAGACGAAGGACCAUACCACGGCCGAGGCGGCGGCCGGAGAGGCGUCGAAAGACAGCACCAAGGCAGAGAGCGCGGGCAAGUCAUAGUGCCGGCUUGAUCCGUUCAUUAUUUCUUAUUACCCUCACACACAUUCUGUUCAUCCUUAACACGCACAUGCUGCUACUUGUACUCUGCAUGCCAUUACCUUACCAAGGCCUCGAGCCGACGUUAAUGAUACCAAAGACUGCAACUGGGAGACCACAGACCAUGGUAGUCGAUUCGAACUGACACAUUGAUAAGCCGAACAU